ACCUAGACACAAAGUGACAUUACAUUGUAUUGGUAUGAACUAGGUCGCUUGUCAGAUGCCGUGGCGAAAGCAAGUGCGCGUCGCAGAGUGAGGCUAUAUAAGGGCAGCAGUGAGAGCUUUUGCUGUCUAACGGAGAACAGAGAUCCAGGUGUCGGAAGCAACUCCACAAUGUACUUCCAUGGAGUGGCGUCGGCUUCUUGGUUUGGAACGAUAUUUGCAGUGAUUUGUAUCAGAGGUGUCGUUUCUUUUUCCGAUGAGGAGCAUGCUCUGCUUCACCGACUGUUGAGUGACUACGACAAAAACGCUCGUCCCGUGGCCAACUCGAGUGACAAUGUGACUGUCAGGCUUGACAUGGCGCUUCACCAGCUGUUUGACGUAGACGAGCGAAACCAGCUCCUGCAUACUAAUGCUUGGAUGCGAGUGAAAUGGUGGGAUAACAAACUGACGUGGGAUCCCGCAAACUACAGUGGUUUGACUGAAGUCGUGUUGGACGUGGCUCUCCUCUGGAUCCCUGAUAUCAUGCUCUAUAACAAUGCGGCAAGUACAUACUCCUUACGGCGAGACACGAAGGCCAAGGUGACCUAUGACGGGGACGUGAACUGGAUGACGCCUGCCAUGUUAAAAAGCAGUUGUAGUAUUGAUGUGACUUACUUUCCAUUUGAUCAUCAAAGUUGUCCCCUGCAAUUCGCCUCCUGGGUGUAUAAUGGUUACCAAAUUGACAUUAUGAAUGCCAGUGCGGAGGGAGAUACGUCAAAUUACGUAGAAAAUGGGGAAUGGGAACUUUUAAGUAUACCGAUCCAACGUGACGUCAAGGUCUAUUCUUGUUGUCCCGAACCUUACCCUUCGGUAACCUUUCACAUCCAAAUCAAGAGGAAAGCUCUGUAUUACUCCUAUAAUCUUAUUCUCCCGGUCAUUGUCAUAACUGCGGUGACCAUGCUGGGAUUCUAUCUGCCUCCAGAAAGUGGAGAGAAGGUGUCACUGGGGGUAACAGUAUUGUUGGCAAUGACAGUGUUUCUGUUAGUAAUAGCCGAGAGCAUGCCUCCCACCUCAGAGGUCGUGCCACUUGUGGGGAUGUUCUUUGGAGCCACAAUAUUUCUAUUGGCCUCCUCGCUGGCAAUGACUGUUAUCGUUCUGAACAUGCAUUUCCGAGGUGUGCAUCACAACAAAGUGCCGAGGUGGUUGCGCCAUUUGACGCUGUUUCUGUCUAGGAUCGUGUGUAUGCACCAUGCAGCGUUAAAAACCUUGCGGCUGAGCCAUAACACGUUACAAAUCAAGGAUGCGAACGUUGCCUCCAAAGACCAUGCUGGCGCAGAAAACUUCAUGUUGGUCAAUUUCAAUAAGGAAGCACAUUCUGUGGAAACGACGGCUAAUCAAAACCAGAAAAACAUUUAUUUGGAUCGUAAUGACACAGAAGAUCAAUGCGCACUGGCGUUCGCGCAAAGCACCAGAGAGGCUUUCAAUGAACAAUCAGAAAUGGAAUGGCGUAUAGUUGCCAUGGUCAUAGAUCGUGUGUUUUUGUUUCUGUUCUUGCUCAUUACUGUUGCUGUUUAUGUCACAAUACUAACAAAUCACCCGUGA